AUGCCAUGGCAUCAACUUCCACUGAAGCCAGAUUUCAAGAAGCUGCCAAUGAUGAAACCGCAACAGAAACCGAAUGCGAGAGUGCACACCCACCCGGUCCGUCGUCACAAGAACAACCCUCUGCAGCGGAGCCAAGAGAAGACAGAAGAAGUGCUCUCCGAAAACAUUCUUGAAAGUGUCGCAGACCAAACCCGAGAGGUUCUCGAGAGGGAGAACGUCACCGUGUCAGUGAGGGAGAAAUUGGCUUCUCUUCAAAAUUCUGAAGGCAUUGUCGAGGACAUCUUCUCGGGGAUCCAGACCACCUACCUCAGAAAGAAGUAUGUGAUGGAGAACCUGCCUUACACAAAUCCUUUGGUGAUGCCUCUUCAUACAGACAAUCAAGCAUUGCAACACACUAUGUGCUACAUACCAGUUUCACAACUGCUUAGCAACCUGCUGUCAUGCCCCGACAUCCUGGAAAGUGUAAUGCAGACCAUAGAACAGUCUGAAGUGCUUCAGGACAUCACUGAUGGAGACUUCAUCAGCCAACGCCUGCAGCAGAUCGACACAGCUGGGUCGCAUAAGAUUCUGGUUGUCUACUUCUCGAUCAUCACCAUUCACCCAAGGCACCGAUCGAAAUUGAAUGCCGUGCAUCUUCUGUUGCUUGUCAAGUACCAAGACGUUAAGAAGUAUGGCUUGGUUCGAGUUCUUGCUCCGCUCAUCCAAGACUUAAACUAUGCUCAUGAGUAUGGUGUGCAUGCACAAGGGAAGCAUUUUAAUGUGGUUACAGUUGCUUUCACCGGAGACAACCUCUCCAUGCACAAAAUGGCAGGCCUCCAAUGCAGCUUCAGCAGUGGUCGCAUAUGUCGUUUUUGCCUUGCUCGGUACGGGCAUCUGCAUAAGUUGCUCUCUGAGGCCAGCUGCAUCAUGAGAACUUACGCAGGACACGAGAGCCACCUGAAAGCAUUUGCUCUCAAUCCAACACAAAACGAACCGCUGUACGGCAUAUCUGCCAUUCCAGCACUUCAAAGCCUAACAGAGUUUGACAUCACAACACAACUCCCUCCAGAUGCCAUGCAUGACAUUUUGGAGGGGGGAAUGGGGCUUGUCAUGCAGCAUGUCCUGCGUGGUCUGAUUCAAGAUGGCCUGCUUCAGAAAUUUGACAUCAACAAGGUAGCAAGCUUCAACUAUGGCUUCCAUGACAGGAAGGCCACCCCUGUUGCACUAAAGGACAAGUUUCUGCAAGGAAAAGCCAACCUGAGAGGUACGGCAGCUCAGAAGUGGUGUUUAUUCAGGCUCCUUCCACAGAUCUUCGGAGAUUCUGUGCCCGUCAACAACCCACACUGGGAAGUUUACCUGGCCUACAGACAUUGCAUUGAUAUCAUCCUGGCAGAGAAUAUUCCACGAGACUGCAUUGCUUACCUGGAGGUGAAAAUCCAAGAAUUCCUGGAGACCUUCACGUCCCUUUACCCAUCCGUAACAGUCACCGCAAAGCUGCACUAUCUGCUGCAUUACCCGGGCUUCAUACAGAGGUUUGGCCCGCCCCGUCGCUACUGGGGAAUGCGCUUCGAGGCGAAGCAUGCCUACUUCAAGGCCGUUGCCUCAAAUGUUCGGAACUUCCGUAACAUCUGCCGAACACUGGGCACACGGCAUCAGCUGUUGCAAGCUUACGAGCUGACUGGAAAGCUUUUUGAAGUCUCCAUUGAAACAACAGGGUCUGCUGUGGUCAAGGUGACGAGCCUCUCAGAACAAGAGCAAGUUGCUGUCUCCGCCAUCACAUCAGAAAUCACCCUUGCUCUGUGA